AUGCUGAGGUCCUCAGAUAAGUCCCUGCUCAUGGCUGUGACUCUCCCAGAGGUUAGGUUUGAGGCGGAGAGGCGGGUGGGGGAGCAGUUGGCUUGGGCUGUGGACGGGGGCGCUAGGCUAGAGAUGAAGCAGGGGCGCGGGCAGUUUGUGGGGGGUGCGGGGAGUGUCGGGGGGAGCGGGGGCGCGGGGGGGUUGGCUGGGGGAGGCGGAGGAGGGGGAGGGGGAGAUGGAGGGGGAGGGGGAGUGGUGCUGGAGCUUCCGGGAAGGAUGCCGAUUAUAGGAGGGAUAGGUAAAGGGGCGGGAACAGCAGGAGGCGCAGGAGGGGCAGGAGCAGGAGGAGCAGGAGGAGCAGCAGGAGCAGGGGCAGGAGGAGGAGCAGGAGGAGCAGGAGCAGGAGCAGGAGGAGGAGCAGGAGGAGGAGCAGGAGCAGCGGCAGGGAGGGCGGGUAUGGGAGGCGCAGCAGGAGGCAGGGGCGCGAAGCACCAAGCUCUCCUGCGCCGAUCCUUCGCCAAGCGUCUAGAAUCCGUACCUGACGGCACAGACCUGGAAGAGCUCGAACCUGCCAAGGCGAUUCCGUACGAGGAGGUGGAGCGGGCGACGCAGGGGUGGGCGGAGGAAGCAAAGCUGGGAGAGGGCGGGUCGGCUGUUGUGUACCGGGGGUGUGGGGCGGCCGGACAGCUGUGGGCUGUGAAGCGCGGGAAGAAGGGUGGGAUCAGCCGACGAAAGGACUAUGAGAAAGAGAUCCACGCGGUCUCCCAGCUGCGCCAUGCCAACCUGGUGCGGCUACUAGGAUUCUGCGAGGAGAGGGAGGAGCUCCUCCUCAUCUACGAGUUUGUGCCCAACGGCAACCUGCGGCAGCACCUCAACCCCAUCAGGGGCGAGGCGGCCAUCGAGGGCAAGCCGGGCGGCAUGCUGUCGUUUGACAAGCGCCUCGAGAUUGCACUGGGGGUGGCUGAGGCGCUGCAGUACAUGCACGGAUGCCACCCCGCGAUUAUCCAUCGCGACGUGAAGACGUUGAAUGUGUUCCUUGACAACGACCUUCAUCCCAAGCUAGGUGACUUUGGCAAUGUGAAGGAGAUCAACAACGAGUCAACCUCUCCCACACACACGCGGGUGGUGGGCACACCGGGCUAUCUGGACCCGCAGUACUGCCAGACCAGCAUUGUUUCCGACCGAUCUGAUGUGUACAGCUUUGGAGUGGUCCUUCUGGAGCUGAUCACAGGCAAGGCGCCCGUCCUCAAGGAGUCAGACGACGCUGGGGAGAGAAUGGCACUCGCUAAAUGGGCCACCCCCGCCAUCUGCAGCGGGCACACGGACUCAGUCGCGGACCCAGUACUGCUGGAGUCGAGCACCCCGCAGGCACUGCAGGCGGUGGGCAGUCUGGCCGCCAUGUGUGUGCAGCGCCUGCCCAAGGACCGACCCGCCAUGGGGGAGGUGGUUCGCAGGCUCAAGUCGAUUAGGCAGCAGGGUGAGUCGUGGGGUUUGAGCUGUGGGGGGUUGAGGGAGCCGCACCCACCCCCAUCCCUCGCUCGCGCUGCAGGCGGUGGGCAGUCUGGCCGCCAUGUGUGUGCAGCGCCUGCCAAAAGACCGUCCUGCCAUGGGGGAGGUGGUUCGCAGACUCAAGUCGAUUAG